UGGUCCUUUUAAGCCUUCACUUUUCCGAGGGAGGACUUUGCUGGCGCUAGAAGUAUACAAACAGUCAGUCACACACACACGGACACACACACCUCCUGACCCAGCGCUUGUACAGAGGAAAGACUCUUCGCUACAUACUUUAACACAGCACGUUGUGGUAUCCUGACAUCAAGAUGGCAAACAAGGGUCCCCAGGUAGGCAUGGCCAACAAAGGUCCAUCUUAUGGCAUGAGCCGUGUGGUGCAGGACAAGAUUGACAAGAAGUACGACACUGAGGUGGAGGAGCUUUUGGUGCAGUGGAUUGUGGCCCAGUGUGGAUCUGGAGUUGGGAAGCCCGAAUCUGGCAAACUGGGCUUCCAGGACUGGCUUAAGGAUGGAUGUGUCCUGUGUGAGCUCAUUAACAGCCUGCAUAAGGACAACAAGCCCAUCAAGAAGAUAGCCAGCUCAAGCAUGGCCUUCAAACAGAUGGAGCAGAUCUCACAGUUCCUAACUGCUGCCGAGAGCUACGGUGUCAUCAAGACCGACAUGUUCCAGACCGUGGACCUCUGGGAAGGGAAGGAUUUGGCUGCAGUCCAGAGGACACUCAUGUCCCUCGGCAGUGUGGCUGUCACCAAGGAUGACGGCAAUUACCGCGGCGACUCCAACUGGUUCUUCAAGAAAGCCCAGGAGAACCGGAGGGAGUUCACAGAUGACCAGUUGAAGGCGGGGAAGGGUGUGAUUGGCCUGCAGAUGGGUUCCAACAAAGGGGCGAGCCAGACUGGCAUGUCGUACGGGGCCACCCGACAGAUCCAAUAAUAACAACCAAACCACUGACCCUUGUCCUUUCCCCUCCCUUUUCCACCACACCCUGCACUGCCCUCCUCCCCCCUUCGCCCUCUCACUUCAGCUACGACAGGCCCCAUAGAUGAAGUCUUAAUGCCUCAAAUCAACUUCAUCCCAGUGUGGUAGGAACAGUCUCACUAGUAUCACACAACACUAUGACCAGCCCAAUAUUACAACCCAAAUCUACACUGCAAAUACCAUAUGUGAAAUGUGAGUCUUAAGGUGAAAGGGGCAACAUGCAUAUACAGCUGACAAUCACUCAUCGUCAAUUGCAAUUCUCAUGUUUACAUGAGACUGAUAUCUGAUUCAUAGAGAAGGCACUGAAGCGACCAAACUACGCCUUCUUAGUACAAGGACAUUCUAUCCAAAUGUAGAAACAUUGAGAGAUUGCUCGAGAGGUCAUUUGAAAAAUGCCAAAUAAAAGGAAGGAAAUGAGGUUGAAGUUCA